AUGGAAAGAGGUCGUACUGAUAAUCAAUAUGAUGCAUUAUGGGGAGCAAAAGCGCGUGAAAAUGCCGUCUUUGAACAAAUAGGAUUACCUGCAGUAAUUAAUGGCUUUCUCGCGCCGGAACAUGAGACAGCAUACCAGGUGAUGUUCAGAAUUGCAGAAAUCACUGCAAAGCUUAGAUCGAAUGAUUUGACUCCUCCUUCUGGAAGGGCAAGGUCCCCUUCCCCACCGCCUGUGUACGAUGCUCGUGGUAGAAGAACCAACACUAAGGAACAACGGUAUAAAAGAAAAUUGGAAGAAGAAAGACAUCGUCUAGUUGAGAUUGCUCUGAAAAUGAUACCAAACUUCGUUACACCGGACGACUAUAGAAGACCUACAAGGUUUCAAGACAAAUAUUACAUCCCUACGGAGGAUUAUCCGGAUAUAAAUUUUGUGGGGCUAUUACUAGGGCCUCGUGGUAAUACUUUGAAGAAGCUUCAACAAGAAUCGGGAUGUAAGAUUUCCAUCAGAGGACGAGGAUCCGUCAGAUCAGGUAAAGCUGCUGCAGACCUACCGAAAGGUGCAAUGAAUAUGAAUGAGCCAUUGCACUGCAUCAUUAUUGCAGAUGUAGAGGACAAAAUACCAUUAGGAAUCAAGGCCUGUGAAAGUAUAGUCGUCAAGGCGAUCACUUCACCUGAAGGUCAAAAUGAUUUGAAGCGAGGUCAGUUGAGAGAGCUUGCUGUUUUGAAUGGUACACUAAGAGAAGAUAACUAUGUACAAACAUUCGGAAGAAAGAGAAUUGGAAUAGAGGUCGCUUCCGACGCAGCCAAAAGAUUCAAAAAUGCAGAAUCUAACAUCCACGACCAAAGCACUAUCGUAAAUACUCAUAGACUAACCCCUAUGAUGCAAAUUUCUAUUGAUGGACUAGGAGGUGAUGGGAUUACUGCUACAGCGGGCUCCAACUCUUCUGUAGGUUCACCUUCUUCUGUUUCAGCCAGAUCCGAAUCUCUGGCUGCAGAAAAUUCAACGUCUGGAAUAGGUAUCACUGAAGGAAACUUAAAUAUUGCUACUCCAGGAAUGGCACCCCCAGGUUUAUCUCCUCCCGGAAUGGCAGCACCAGGAAUGGCAGCACCAGGAAUGGCAGCACCAGGAUUGGCAGCACCAGGAUUGGCAGCACCAGGAUUGGCAGCACCAGGAUUGGCAGCACCAGGAUUGGCAGCACCAGGAUUGGCAGCACCAGGAUUGGCAGCAGCACCAGGCAACGUUCCUCCAGGAUUAAUGCCCCCAGGAUCUGUACCGACAAUGAAUGCACCUGGGCUUACCCCUUCUACGAUAUCAACACCCAGUUCGAUACCGUCAAACCAGUUGCCACAAAGUUUUACCGAUAAUGAAACGAAUAAUUAA